AGGGGAUUUAGUUGGGUUUCUUGGUCGGGGGCUCCGUCAACCCAACUGAUCCCAGAAAACAUGGGCUUUUGUGUCUUUGGGGAAAUGAUGGCUCGCGCUGCAGGAGUGCGUGGGCCCUUUUUACUGAUUUUGUUGGAGAUAACCAUCAUUUGCACAGCACAGAGGGCUGGAGCCGGCCCUCCUGGUCCUCCCGGUGUGCCUGGAAUAGACGGUAUUGAUGGCGAGAGAGGUGACCCCGGUGAAGAUGGUUCGGCUGGUCCUGAUGGAGAUCUUGGAAAACCAGGUUCUGCUGGACUUCCUGGAUUACCUGGAGCUGAUGGAUUGACUGGCCCCAUAGGAGAACUAGGCCUCGAUGGCCCCCUAGGACAAAAGGGAGAACCUGGCAAACCUGGACCCAGAGGAGGGGCGGGUGUUGGACCUGAUGGACCAAUUGGACAACCAGGACCAGGAGGACUUCCGGGUGAGCAGGGAAAAGUAGGACUCCCUGGAGCCAUGGGUGUGAGAGGGCCACAGGGACCCCGUGGAACAACAGGCCCCCGUGGUGCUGCAGGGAUGCUGGGUGGAACAAUGGAACUGUGCUCUAACGCAUGCCCACCUGGUGCUCCUGGUCAUCCUGGCUUGCCUGGAAUGAAGGGUCAUAAAGGGGUGAAAGGAGAAGCUGGAGAGCCUGGAAAACAAGGACACAAGGGAGAGGAGGGAGAUCAGGGGGCACCUGGAGAGGUCGGAGCUCAAGGCCCAAAUGGAUCGCAGGGAAUUCGAGGUGCCACUGGUAUGAUUGGCUCCAAAGGAGAAACGGGGCCUCGAGGUCUUGAUGGGGACCUUGGACCUCAGGGUGUUGCAGGAGCCACGGGGGAUCGAGGCCAAAGAGGAUUAAUGGGAGAAACUGGCCCUAAAGGCGGACAGGGACCUCAAGGGACAAGAGGCAACACUGGUCUUCCAGGGACAAAGGGAGACAGUGGUUUGCCAGGUGUGGAUGGACGUGAGGGAAUCCCUGGCAUGCCAGGUGCCAAGGGUGCUGCCGGAAAACCUGGAAGCCCUGGGGAAGUUGGACUUCAAGGACUCUCUGGUUUACCAGGAAGCCCAGGACCAAAAGGUGGAGGUGGAGAGAAGGGUAAUUCAGGACAACCGGGCCUCAUCGGUACUAUGGGAUCUGCAGGUAAACCGGGUGAACGUGGAGAACAAGGAGAAUUUGGACCCAUUGGGCCUAUUGGACAACCUGGAGACCGAGGAGAGCAUGGGCCACCUGGGCCGAUGGGAAAACCAGGAGCCAGAGGUCCUAAAGGUGACUUGGGCUUGCCUGGACUUCCUGGACCACCGGGCCUGCCAGGAAUAAAAGGAGAUAGGGGUGAAGCAGGAGAACCUGGACCAAAGGGAGAACAGGGCGCUCAAGGUGACGAGGGAACACCAGGAGACAAGGGAGAUGUUGGUGACCCUGGCCAGUCUGGAGCUAAAGGCGAAGUUGGUAACCAGGGGGAUCCGGGUAAUAGAGGACCAGAGGGUGCCCGUGGGCAGCCUGGCAUUGAGGGGCCUCCUGGUAGUCCUGGACCACGUGGCAUGCAGGGGAACAGAGGAGCUCCAGGACCUCGUGGCACCCAGGGACCAGCGGGUAAAGAACCAAGUGAUCAACACAUCAGACAAGUGUGCAUGCGCGUUAUGCAGGAGCAGCUGGCCCAGUUGGCUGCCAGUCUGAGGAGACCAGAGUCUGGAGCGGUCGGACUGCCAGGCAGACCUGGUCCCCCUGGUCCUCCCGGACCCUCAGGUGACAGCGGCUUCCCUGGGCAUGCUGGUGCAAGAGGACUCCCGGGACUCAAAGGGCCUCUGGGACUUUUGGGUCUCAAGGGGCCGAAAGGUGAGAUGGGAGACAGAGGGGACAGGGGACCUACAAGUCGGGGACCCAAAGGCAUGCCGGGACCUCCUGGACUACCAGGUGAACCUGGAAAACCAGGAUACGGUCAAGAUGGGCGUGAUGGAGAACGGGGUCCACCUGGUGCCCCGGGUCAGCCGGGCGUUCCUGGACCUCCUGUGUAG